AUGCAUUAUCUUGAUGCUCUCCUCGCAUUAGCUUCAUUAGCAAGCACGGCAUUGUCCCACGGCAUAUUGACCAGCCCCUACCCCCGCGCAAUCGGCGCCUCCUCCCUCUCGGCCUGCGGCCCAACCGUGCAAGCCAACAUCGCAGCGGACAACACCUCGCACGUCGAAGGACUGCCCGAAGCCGCGGCCACAGACCCGGCCUACAAUGCCAGCGCCUGCAACCUAUGGCUCUGCCGCGGCCUCCAAUACGCAGACAACACAGCCAACGUGCAGAGCUGGACGGUCGGCCAAGUAGUCGCCAUAGAGGCUUAUAUCAGGGUCCUGCAUCACGGAACGGCGAAUGUUAGUAUUGUUGAUACGCAGAGCAAUACGAUUGUUGGGGGAGAGUUGCUGUAUUGGGGUGAUUAUGCGGAUGAGACUUUGACGACGCUGCCGGCGAACAAUACGGCGUUUUCCGUGACGAUUCCGGAGUUGGGAGGGAAGUGUACUGUUGCUGGGGAGUGUGUAUUGCAAUGGUGGUGGUAUGGGACGGGGGUCAAGCAGACUUAUGAGUCUUGCUUGGACUUCACUGUCGCACCGGCUGCGUCGACGAUACCUCGUUUUAGGUUUUGGAGAUAUUAA